AUGGGAAAAGUAAAAGCCAAUAAAGGUGGAGCAUUUUUCAUUGACGAUCCAGGGAAAACUUUCCUAUAUAGAGCAUUGCUAGCAAAAAUCAGAUCAGAAGGAUAUAUUGCAUUAGCUACUGCAACAUCAGGCAUUGCUGCAUCAUUACUUCCGGGAGCUCCCAUGGCAAAACGAUCUGCAUUAGAAGCUCUAGAUGACUUAUUACAAGAUCUUAUGGAUUCAACAGAAAUUUUUGGUGGGAAAGUGGUUGUACUUAGUGGUGAUUUUAGACAAACAUUGCCAGUUGUUCGAAACGGUGAUGGUAAAGAAAUCUCAGAUGAUAAUGAUUUUGUUACUCUUCCUACACAAAUCAUCGUAGAAAAUAAUGCUGAAGCAAAUCAGUUAAAUGUUCUUAUAGACUAUGUUUACCCUAAUAUAUUUAGCAGUUCAACCAAUAUCCAUUCUACCUUGAACCGAGCUAUAUUGACAACAAAAAACAAUUUUGUACAUGAGAUCAAUGAUAUCUUAAUACACAAAUUCCCCGGUGAAAAAAUAAAGUAUAUUAGUUUUGAUGAAACACUUGAUCCAAACGAUCAAGCCCAUUAUAAAGAUCUUCUUCACUCUUUAACUCCAAAUGGUAUGCCACCACAUUGA